UCCUAAUUAUGACUUUGUUAAACUUUUACUUCUAUUUUACACGUAGGCUUAUAUAAUCAACUGUGCUGUGUGCAUGUUAACCAUGUUAACCAAAGCAUCUGGAAUUGUCAUAUUUCGGGGGGGUUCAAGCCACCCCCACCAUGCAUGCACACACACACACACACACACUUCCCUGCUUACUGGAAUUAUCCGUUUCUAUGGAAACAUGCACGCGCCAAAGUGAAAUGGACUGAAAUAGUUCUGAGCAAUUUGAUCACUACUUUAAAAAGAUCACCUAGAUUAUGCCGGUGUUUGGUGUACACAUUUGGUCCAGCAAGCUGGAGUUUGCUGAGCUGUGUGUGUCCAUGCGUUAGGGGGAUGCUUACAUCUAGUGUGUUGAAUGUAACAGAUUCACAGAGGCUGGUCCAGGAUCAGAAAUUAGAGUCACGUUUGUCACGUUUCCUCUUGCAAAAGGCCCUAAACUAUUUAGCACAUUGACUUUCACUAGAGGCCCGAUGCCUCCUCCUGCUUGACGCCUCCUCUUCUCGGGCUGUAUAAAAGCGGACCUGCUCCCGGAGCUGGACGGGGUUUGAUCGCGCCUCCGGCCGGGCCACAGAGCGCCUUUACUGCUUCCAUCUCCUCAUCACUACUCCUUUGCACCACCAAGACAUGGCACCCUUCGAGAAGUCCAUGGAAGUGAUGUCCUUCAAGCAAAGGAAGUGCUUAGCAACAAGAAAAGAUGAAGUUUGCACAAUUCGCUCCAGGUUCCCCAAUAAGUUACCAGUCAUCGUCGAACGUUGCAUCCGGGAGAAGCGUCUUCCUCUUUUGGACAAAACAAAAUUCUUGGUCCCUCAUGAGCUUACAAUUGGUCAGUUUCUGUGUCUGCUCAGGAGUAAGAUAGCACUGGAAGCAUCCCAGGCUCUGUACCUGCUGAUCUCAGGAAAAAACAUGUGCUCCAUGACAGCCAGCAUGGCGGAAGUAUACUCUCAGCACAGAGACACAGACGGCUUCCUCUACAUGACCUAUGCCUCCCAGGAUAUGUUUGGCUGAGAAAAUCUUCCAUUUGUCCCUUCAGAGGGAUUGCUGAAAUCUUUAUGACCUCCAUCACUGACUGGCCAAGCUCUCCUACAUCCACUUUUUACUUACCACUGCUGCUGCUGCUGGAGAUUACCAUUGUGCCCGAGACAUCAGACUACUUCCCCUGAACAUGUGGCCUCUUCUGACCUCAAAAUUUCUUUUGCUCUCUUUUUUUUUUAUUCAUGUGAGGUUUUAUGGUGAGAUAUACAAAAAACAAAAACAGUGAUAUGUACCCUGUGAGAAGGUCACAUUGUGUCACAACACUUAUCUGGGAUACACAGCUGUUUGUCCCUGAUGAUUACACAGCCACCCUGGAACAAUAUACAGAGGUUCUGGAAGCUUCAGAUAGCACAGUCACAGGAAGUGAGAGAGGAAGAUGGGUGAAAAUUGCAUGAGAUUUCUCUUCUCUUUUGUCUUUUUGUGUGUUUUCUCCUGGAAACCCUGAUGAAACUGACAUGCCUAGGUACACAAACACUAGGAAAAAUGUUUACAGUGAACUUGUGGUACAUGUACUUUAACUGUUACUGGGAACACUACAAAUAAAUCAUUUUUUCCCCCUU